AUGGAACGUAAAUUAAAUGAAAACCCAGAGCUUAAGCUGGAAUACGUCAGGUUUAUGCGUGAGUAUCAAAAUCUUGGUCACAUGACCCUGUCGACUAAGACGAAUAUUCAUUCGACGGAACAUCCACAAGUAUUUUUACCACAUCACACAAUCAUCCGAAAUGAGAGCUCUACCACAAGGAUUCGAGUGGUUUUUGACGCUUCUGCAAAAACUUCCACCAAUAUAUCACUCAAUGAAACUUUAAUGGUUGGUCCAACUAUUCAAGAUGACCUCCGUAGAAUUUUAAUGAGAUUCCGAAUACAUCAGUCAUAUCAACAAAUUCUUUGGCGGGAAAACCCAAACGAUCCAUUGGAAGCAUAUCGUUUAAACACGGUUACUUAUGGAACAUCAUCCGCGCCUUUUAUGGCUAUCAGAACAUUAUAUUUCUUAGCAGACUGUGAAAAGGAUGACCUUGCUAAUGCAGCACGUAUUACCAAGCGUGACUUCUAUGUAGAUGAUCUUCUGACCGGCGCCACAGACCUUUUGGAAGCAGCCAAACUUCAAGAUGACAUGUUACAGUUAUGCGAACGGGGAGGAUUUUCUCUUCGGAAAUGGUGUUCCAAUCGUGAAUAG